GCCCAGAGCUGACCCCAAUGGGUGUGUUGUUUGUAUUGUUGACGAGGAUGAGGAAGAAGAGGAGGAAAUCCCCUUAAUUUGGAAAAACAGUCGGCGCUACCUGGUCAGUGGGGGGAGUAGUGAUAUUCCUUCUUUAGCCUUGUCUGCACUCGUUGGUCUGCAAGAGUUGUCCAUAGCAAAUUUUGAUCAGCCUCUCAAGGAUAUGGUUCCUGAAGAUCUGCUAUCCGAGCCAACAGAUGGUGGUAUGAUGGACGUUUGCACUGACAUUCUGGAUGUGGGGUUAGAGUUAUCCCGAGCAGCGUCUCGAGCCCCAUCGACCUUAGAGUGCGGUCUUCACAGUCAAGAAGCUGGUCUAGGUUGCUCCACUCCCAUGGAGGUAACUGAGAAUCCUUCAGCCUUAGAGGUGGCUGUUGCAGAGAACCCGGUCCCCAAGGAUGGCACCAGCGAUGACCCAGGCCCCAAGGGUGUUGCCGGCAAUGAUCCGGCCCGGGUGGGUAGUGUGAGCUACAACCCAGCCCCCGAGGGUGCUGCCGGUGGUGAUCCGGCUCCGAUGGGCAAUGCAAUCUACGACCCAGCCCCUGAGGGUGUCCGAGUGGGCUCCCCUUCUCAUACCUCCAUGGAUGUCCACGUCAGGUCUUCUCCUCCACAUUCUGAUUGCAUGGCAGCAACACGUGCUUCAAAUCAGGAAGUCGCCUUAGAGACCGACACACCCAACGCUAGAGUUUUGAUUCCUGCUGGUGAUGUUGAGUUGAUCCCCAAUGAUGCUCUUCAGAUUGCCUCGGCUGAUAUUCCCUCAUCGAGUCACCAACUGGUUUCUCAUGAUUUGGGGCUUCCUUCAUUCUUCUCCAAUCUUCAGGCUUUGGUUGAUGAGAUGGCUGAUCAGCUGAGAUCACAGGGUGCUUCUAUACCAGAAGGAGCUCUAUCUCUGAUGCAUUAGAAUCCAGUGCUACUUCAGCGGCGGGUAUCUGAGUUGGAGAUAACAAAUGCUGGUUAGUGCCUCUGUUUCCUCUUUGGCCACUUGAUUAGUCUGCUUUUUACUAAGUGUCCUUCUUCAACCAUUUCUUGCUAGAUAUGGUCCGACGGUAUUCUGAGCUCGAGAAGAAGUACUCUCAAGGUCAGAUGGACCUGGCUCGAGUUUCUGCUUCUUUAGACGAUGCCAACUUAUUGAAUUCCUCUCUCAGUGCUCAGCUUGACUCUGAAAGGUUGGCUAACGAAGUAAGUUUACUUUGACUUCCUCUGCUGUGUUCUUACUGCCCACUGGGUAUUUGAGAGCUGACUCUUGUCUGCAGGAAGAAAAACGUGCCCUUGCAGCUUCUCACGAUAACCUUGAUAGGUUGUAUCGCGA